CGUCGCGCCACGGACGAUCAUUCGUACGCCGAGCUCCGGUCGACGGGUACGUACCACGCAUAACCACCACUGGUAUAGCCGCGGUAAUCGAUAAAAAGCCGUUUUGUACCUACCUACAGUGUUAAUAUUGUACGCACAUAGGAGCUUGUUCUUCUUUAUCAGUUUGCGGUUAUAAUUUAAUUUUAAUUUUUUUCUCUUUAUUGUCCGUGUGCUGUACACUCGACUACAGCUACGCACGUUGCAGUACACAGUCGGUGGUAGCUUCUCAGCCGUUUGGUUUUUUCUGGCCCCGCAAGCGUAGCAGUUUUCGUGACGCCGUCGGACGUUUUACGCGCUAAAAUCAUGACCACCACACCGAAAUCUCUCCCAGAGGAAUCGCUGGGCGAAUCUUGGGUAGACGUUACCGGCGGAUGGUCGUCUCCAAUGUCGUUACACAGCCCUGGCCGUGUCACUCCAGUACCUUUUAUAUCAUCCGGCGAUGAGUACCUCAGAUUGCUCAAGGAAGCGCAAAGGGAAAGCAACUCGUCGUCCAGAGUGUUGUCUAAAGAGUCUUCGCGGAAAGGCAGCCCCAAAUCGCCGCCCAAUAGUCCCAACAACGAGCUGGAAGACGACCUCGGCAGUGUUUAUAUAAACUACUCAAACAAAGGAGGAGAAUUGUACAACUUGGACAAGAGCACCGACUGGAUUUGGGAUUGGAGCAGCCGGCCAGACCAGGCACCACCUAAGAACUGGAAAUUCAUUCAUCCCAACAAGAAGACAUUCAGCAUGCGCAACGCAAAGGUCGGCAAAGACAGACUAUUUUCAAAGGAAGUCUUGUACACUUUGUUUUUGACCAACAUCAUAUCGAUGAUUUUGGGAGUUGGCGUCGGUGCUUGGCUGUAUAAAAGAGGCGGCAUCAUGAUGUCCAGAGUGACUCUCGAUUAACCGUUCGGCGAUGUACCGAUGUAUACUUCAAAAUAAAUGCACAAUAAAUCGACUCAACCCUGUUCUCAAGUCAUUAACUCGUGUGUGUAUUUUGAGUCUGAAUAUUGGAGUGGCACAUUAUAUUUUCGAAAAAAAAAAUCCCUGAAAAAUUCCUUUUUUGUAUCAAUACUAUAUUUUAUAGGAUAAUUUUUUUUUUUUAUGUUUAUUAAUGAUAUAAUUAAUAUUAACUUGACGCAUGAUAAAUAAUUAUAUAGUUAAUAUAAUAAUAUGUACUAUUAUUAAUAUUAUUAUUUUAUUGUUUAAAAUAAUAAACUAUAAUAACUUGAUAAUAUUUAUGUAUAAUAACAGUAGCAUGUUUCCCUUUCGGUUUAUAUCGACAAUUAUAUAUUUCUUUGGUUUGUUUUGAUGAUUAGUAAAAAAAAAAAAAAAUCUGCAAGAAUUUGUUAGCUGGUAAAUGAAAUGUUACUUUAGAAAACAGUAACCACUAUUGUAUGUGAAUUCUAAAUUUGUAGGCAAAUAAAAAAAAAUGAUUUUCCUUGAAACAUUCUUUUAGCAGAAAUAAAAAUAUUUAUGUGACAACAAAAAGGGUCGUCUAGUCUCCGUUAGACGAUCGUUUGUAUUCGGGACCAAAGAAAGUGCGGAUUUUACAAUAUUGUAACAAAUAAAAAAAAGUCAAUUUGAUUUUAUAAAUAUUAAACUAUUUUUUAAUAGCGAUGUGAUAAGUUUUAUUUUUGUUGUUUUUACUUGAACAUUUUUUAUUGUCUUCAAAUCUAAUUGUGUUUAAUGUGUAUGUUAAUCGCGAAAGCAUAAUUAUUUCGUUUAUACUUUUUGUAAUUUUGUAGGCUUAUUACAUUUGAAUAAAUUUAAUUAUUAUGUGUACAAGCGACUGGAUCGGUGGUCAAUCAAUCGUGCCACCUAUGAAACCUCGGCCGUUAGACCGCCAUCGGUCAAAAUCGAUACUCCUCACACAAGAUUGUCGUUUGCAAAUUAUUUUCUUAUUAUUUACAUUAUCAGUAGUCUAAUUAUUUAGCGACUUAAAGAUAUUAGAUUGUGUUAGAUGGUUAAGAUUUUUAAGAAAAUAACUGUGUGUUUGCGCAUGACCUUCUUUUGUAUCGCAGAUUUUAUAAAUGUUUUUUUAUUACUAUUACAAUUGAACACAAUAUAUGAAU